ACUCUCAAGAGAAGAAAACCUCUCAAACCUGUGGCUUCCAUUUCUUUAUGCCGUACUCCUGAGUUCGGUCUUCGCUUCCAUUUCUCCUUCAAUCGCUUACCUUCACUCUUCUUUUCUACAUCACUUUUAUACAUACAACCACUAGGAAUUAUGAGUGGUGAAGAGGAGAAGAAAUGCCCUUUGUGUGCUGAAGAGAUGGAUUGGACUGAUCAGCAGUUGAAUCCUUGUAAAUGUGGUUAUGAGGUGUGUGUUUGGUGUUGGCAUCACAUAAUGGACAUGGCUGAGAAGGAUGCAACCGAAGGGCGGUGUCCUGCAUGUCGGACACCUUAUGACAAGGAUAGGGUUGUAGGGUUGGAAGCAAAUUUCCAAAGGGUGGUUGGCAAUAGUUCAAGUCAAAAACAAAAAGUAUUAAAGGGAAAAUCAAAAACAAGUGAAAGCAGAAAAGAUCUUAGCAAUGUUCGAGUCAUUCAACGAAAAAUGGCGUACAUCAUCGGACUACCUCUUGAUCUUGCUGAUGAAGAUUUAUUGCAGCGGAAAGAUUAUUUUGGUAAAUAUGGAAAAGUAACAAAGGUUUCUCUUUCUCGGACGGCGGGUGGGGCCCUUCAGCAGUUUGUCAAUGAUACUUGCAGUGUAUAUAUUACUUACUCAAAAGAGGAGGAAGCCGUGACGUGCAUUCAGUCUGUACAUGGUUAUGUCUUGGAUGGUAGACCGUUAAAAGCGUCAUUUGGGACUGCAAAGUAUUGUCAUGCAUGGUUGCGGAAUACGCCUUGCAACAAUCCUACAUGUUUAUAUUUGCAUACUAUUGGUGCUGAAGAAGAUAGUUUUGGUAAAGAUGAAGCGGCUGCAGUUCAUACUAGGAAUAGAGUUCAGGAAAUAGUCGGUAGUACCAAAUAUGUGCAUAGACGCUCCGGAAGUACGUUGCCACCACCUGUAGUUGAGCAAUUUAAUCACAAUGCUUCAGCUGAGGAUCCUGUGUAUGAUGGCAUGAAAGAUGUUGGUUAUGCACCUAUCAAACCGUCAAAAGAAGCGACAACAUUUGUAGAUAUGGUGUGCUCUGAUAGUAAGCAUGUAGAGAUUGAACGCUCAGAUUCAGUUCAAUAUACAUCAUCAAACCCUAACCAAUUUGUUGAUUCACCGACUUUUGAUGAUAAAAAGUCAAAGGACUCUUUUAAGAACUACAGUGAUCCUUGGUAUGAUACUGAAAAUGAUAACCAGAUUAGUGCAGAUCAUUACGUUCUAAACAGUUAUGUAGAUGAGGAAGAUAACAGUAACAUACAACCGUCGCAAUAUACGGAUUCGACAUUGAACGAUGGGUACAACGAAAACAAAUUUCAAAGCUUAGCUAAAUCAGAUAAGAUAUACAGAGGCGCGAACUCGUUUUCGAAUGAAGAGAUUGUGGAGCAUUUGAGACGGCUUGAUCAUGAUGCACCUCUAGUAGAUGAUGACGAAGAUUCUGCUGCUUUGGAGAGUAGUAUAAUAUCCAAUAUUUUGUCCAUAGAUUUAGACGGUGAUGAUUCACCGUACCCUCAAACGGUUGCAGGAUUGCUGCAACCGAAAGAUGCGCGUUCUUGGAACUUUCAAAAUAAUGAUCAGUCCAUAUUCUCGUUUGCAAAUGAACAUCGGUUUUCUGGUCAGCAAAAUGAUCUAAGCACUAGCACCAUUGCAUCUAGGGUACAGAACUCGACACCGCCAGGAUUUUCGGCGACCAUAAAGCCGCCACCUGGUUUUUCCUCCUGCAUGAGAGCUGAACAGGCUGUUGCUGCUGGCUCAGGAAAUUAUAUGAGGACCGGACCAAACGCACUUUACGGUUCACCAUUUUUGGGGAAUCUAUACAACAUCAACGGCGAUGUCGGAAAAUUAUCAACGAACUUUUUGAACAACUCCUGGAGCAGUUCGUUUGAUGAGGACACAAAACCGUGGCUUUUUAUGCAACAGCAAUCCGUACCUCAGUUUUCUCAACCGACAAUGUUGCAGCCGCAACAACAUACAACGCCCCAGUUUCCUUCUCAGGUUGAUUUGUAUGGCGGUCUUACUUCCGGGCUAGCGGAUCUACAUCACCAGAGCUACAACUCUACACCGUCUUUGUUUACGCAACAGCCGAAAUUUGAAGGUGGUGGGUUUCAGCAGCAUAACCCGUUGCAGGAGGUUCAAGUUCAACAACAGGGUGGUACUAGAGGUGAGGUACAAAAAUAUGGGUUUGACAGUUUGUUGUCGGAUUAUGGUGACUAUAUGUUCCAAACGCCCACUUCGGGCGAUUUAUACACCCCCCGGGUAUUUGGAAUGUAAAGAAUGCACCUUAAAGUUGAAAUGAGCUUGUUACUCUUAGUUAGUUAAAAAGUCUUGGUUUCUUGUCUAUGGUUUUUGGUUAUGGAUUUGUUGGUCGUAAGGCGUAAGUAGUAACUAGUUUUGGUUUCUGAA